UUUAUCCUCUUCGGCCUCACGCCGUGGGUCGGCUUACCACCACCUAAAUGAUGGUUAUGCCUUCUCAGGCAGCCGAACCAUGGUUUCCGAUAGAGCAGCCCCACAGCAAGACACCGGACAUAAGUUAGCAUGGCAGGUUAACAUGCGGAAAAACUGUCGCUACAUGUCAAAUCUGACAAAUCCUCCCGAUACCAUCAUCAGUUAUACCGAAUCAAACCUUAAAGGUGAAGAAAAAGACGCCGUUAGGAUCAAAGUUAUUAACAGAGAACACAUAAAACCCUCGUCUCCAACACCCCAAAGUCAUAGAUAUUACAAGUUCUCCAUGUUUGAUCAGGUCCAAGUCCCAAUAUACCAUCCCCUUAUGGUCUUCUAUACUAAUAACGAUAGCAAGAACAUAGAGGAGGUCAUAUCGGACCGAUCAAAUCAUCUGAAGCAAUCACUUUCAGAAGCCUUAACUCGUAUGUACCCGUUUGCAGGAAAAUUAGCCAGUGAGCUUCAUAUUGAUUGUAACGACGAUGGCGUGUAUUAUGUUGAGACAAGAGUCAAUGAUCGGCUCAAUAAUGUGCUUCAAAAACCGGAUCAUAAGUUCUUGCAACGAUUGAUACCUGUUGUCGCUUCAAUCCCGAAUCAACCAUUGUCGUGUUCUUAUGUUUCAAUGAUACAGGUUAACUUCUUUGAAUGUGGUGGUGUUUCAAUUAUUUUCCAAAAUAAUCAUAAACUUGCAGAUGGAAAUAGCACCAUGACAUUCAUGAGAACUUGGGCUGCGAUCGCAAGACGAGAUCCAAAUCAAAUUUAUCCAAACUUUGUCCCAUCGCAAAUGUUCCCACAAAACCCUCAGUUACCAUAUUUGCCAUACAUUCCACUAUGGUAUUUGGCGGUUUCUCCAGUUUGUAUAAAGCACGGGAAAUGUGAAACUAAAAGAUUCUGUUUUGAUGCUUUGGCCUUGCAGGAACUCAAGGCCAAAGCAUCAAAACAUCAGCCAGUCAGUCGAGUCGCGGCUGUAUUGGCCUUGCUUUGGAAAUGCGUAACCACAGCAACGUAUUCCAAGCCAUCUUUUCUACAUAUGCCAGUGAACAUCCGUCAGCGAUUUUCACCAGCAUUGAAUGAAUAUUCAAUCGGAAACGUUUUGUCAGGGGCAUCUGUGAGGUUUGAUCCUGGUGCAAGUAACCUUGAACUAGCGUCCAUGGCGAGUAAUUUAAAGAAUGCGAUUGCGGAUAGUAAAGGUGGAUCCAUUGAUGAACUGAAAGGGGAAAACGCGCAUGUUAGGUUCGUGGACUCCCUGAGAAAAUCUAUGGAAAUGGUUACUGAUUUCAAAUCUGAGUAUUAUUUGGCUGCGAGUAUGUGUAACUCUAAAUCUAACGAAAUUGAUUUCGGAUGGGGAAAGCCGGUGUGGGUUUGUUCUGGGAAUCAACUGAACGACGACGUUCCACUUUUUACAAACAGGAUGAUGUUGAUGGAUUCGUGUUCCAAUGAUGGAAUUGAAGCUUGGGUGACAUUGGAAAAAGAGGUUAUGGAUGUUGUUAAGUGUAAUGCUGAGCUUCUGUCAUUUGCAUCAGUCGAUCCAAGUCCUCUAUAGCUCGUUCGUAAUUUGUUUCGUUCAUGUGUAAUAGUAAUCUUUAUACGUUAAACUUUACAAUAUUAUAAUGCAUGCUGGUUCUUUUAA